CGCAUGCUCUUUAGUCCUGAGUAUUCUGUCUUAAUUGAUGUUGGUGGAUCUAGUUUGUUUAGAGCAUUAAUUUUAAUUCUUUGAAUCUAUUUAAUUAUGGCUCCUGUAUUAGGCCAAUUCGGAAGGACUGUAUUUAGUAAUUUCGCCAAAGGAUAUAGCCAUCCAAAGGUUUACUUAUCUAAUACUAGUUCAAGCUUCCGUGAAAUGUCACAAGGAAAGAAAAUUUUAUUAACCACUGGCUGUUUCUUAACCACAGCUGCUGCAGGAUUAGCUUACUCCCUCAAUGAAUCUGUCAAAGCUAUUGAUUUAAAUUUGCAUCCACCGAAAUACCCAUGGCCACAUAAGGGUCACCGUCAUGAGCCUGAACUAUUGGCUGCUCUUCCAUUUCGGAAGCUUGAAUUGGAUAAGGCAAUUGGACUUUAUGAUGCUGCCAGCUUACGUCGAGGAUGGCAGGUCUAUAAGCAAGUGUGCGCCGCUUGUCACAGUCUUAGAUUUGUAGCAUACCGACAGUUCGUUGAUCUUUUCAUGACGGAAGAUGAAGCUAAAGCUGAAGCUGCUGAGGCCACGAUUACAGAUGGACCUGAUGCCAAUGGUAAAAUGUUUCAAAGACCUGGUAAAUUGGCGGAUUACAUACCAAGUCCUUAUCCCAAUGAAGAAGCUGCUCGAGUCGCUAAUGGAGGAGCCUAUCCACCAGAUCUUUCGAAUAUUACUGUAGGAAGAGAGGGUGAUGAAGAUUAUGUUUUCAGUUUACUUCGAGGUUAUGCUGAUCCACCUGCAGGAGUUGAGCUAGGAGAGAAUCAACACUUUAAUUUGUACAUGCAGGGUAACGCAAUUGCUAUGGCCCAAGCUUUGUAUAAUGGAUUAAUUGAAUAUGAUGAUGGAACACCAGCAACAGCCAGUCAAAUGGCUAAAGAUGUUACUCACUUCUUGGCAUACUGUGCUACCCCUGAAUUAGAAUCAUGGAAGAAAUACCUCUUCAAGUGGACAAUUAUUUCAACGUGCUUAUUUGGACUUGCAUGGUACUACAAACGCCAUUUAUGGGCAUCUCUUGUUUAUCGAAGAGUAGCUUAUCGAGAUGUAAAUAAGAAACAUUAAGGUCUUUACGUUAUGGUUAUCUCAAACUUGACAACAACAAAGUUGUGGAGUUUUAAUUUAAAAAUCUACAAAAGAACCAUUAGUUGAUGAAAAAACAAAUUGCGUUCAUUAUCGUUUUUUUCGUAUGUUAAUAAUUAAUGAAGCUGAUAUACAUAAUGUUACCAAUACAACGCAAAACUUUCUUACAAAACUGUUGAAAAAUGGUAUCAAAAGAGAAAUGAAAAAGUGUUGGGUCCUGUUCCAAAAUCAUCGAUAAACACUAUUUUCCUUGUCCAAUUUAAGAGUUGCAAAGUCAGUUAGUAGACUAAUGGUUGCAAAUGCAAAUCUUACAUUUCCUAAGUUAUUUUGCUCCUUAAUAAUUGUAUUUAAUUUUUCUUUUUCCCAUUCCAAUCAGAGUUGAGAGGGUAGUUUUUAAUAAAAGGAAAUUCAAUGGAUAAUUCAUUGGAUUUAUAGAUCGUUGUAAAA